CAAACCGCUGGCGCUGCAAAGCUGCCCGGCGGCCCUCCACGCCACCGCCGGCGCGCCGCACGGCAGCCCGCGCGCCGCCAACGUCUCCAAGCGCGCGCAUCGGUGCCGCGCCUGAAGAAAGGGCAGCGUUCAUCACACACCAUGAGGCUCAAAGGGCUGGCCUUCAGCGCCGCGGCGGCGGCGACGAGCAGCGCCCACUCCGACGGGAGGGAGCUGGCCGCCGCCGCCCACACCGACGACCACGCUUCAGCCGAAUGCCACGACAGCCACUACCCCUGCGCGGCGCUAUCGCAUAGCUGCGAGGAGUCGUGCGCGCACCACACGUACACGUUCCACUACUGCGAGGAGGCGUGCCACGUUUGUGAAGAUCACGGUUGUGUGGACCGGUGGCUCGACGAGGACGACGCGGGCGCGCACGGCGAUCGGGAGUACUACUACGUCGAUAGCAUUUGCGCUUUAUUCCUGAUGGCCGCGACGUUCUUAUUUGAACACAUCAUGCACGCCCUUCAUAAGAAAGCCCACCACCUCCCGCCCCUACAAACGGAGAAGUCGACGCAGAUCCACGACAAGAUCGCUGGUUUACUCCACAAGCGCGCUUUGGCGAACAACUACGAGGCCCUCUUCCCGAAGCGCGAGACGCGGGCGCAACGACAAAAGCGGAGACACGAGGCCGAGUUGAAGCACAUCGAGCACGGCAUCGGGAAGCGGCGGAACUACGUCAUGGACCUGUUUCAGAGGAUGGAGUCGGAACUCGCGGUCUUAGGUUUUAUUUCGUUUGCCUUAUUCGUGGCGCAUAAGUUCGAGGCGAGCCACGCCGUCGCGAAACGGACCAAGGACUCGAAGUGGUUCCCCCAGACGCACCACCAAUUAGAUCAUGUGGUGCACGUCGCGCACGUCGCGCUGUUUCUGGGCAUGGUGCUCUAUUUUAGUAUACAGUACCUCGCGGCUCGAUUAGCUGUGUAUGCGAACCAGCGGUUCUUGUUGCAUGCGUCGGCUUUAGCUACCCAAAGAGCAGGUGGGAGUGUGGAAGAAACGCGGGAACUACGGUGGUACGCGACGUUACGAGACAGGUUCAUCACGGUGGCCAAGACAGAAGAUGACUUUCCGUUUCAAUUGUACUUGAGAUUGUAUCAAGAUGAUGUGAUGUACGAGAUGGUCAAUCCUAAAGAUUCUACUUGGUUGUGUGCCAUGGUCUUGCAUGCGGCCGAGGCUCUAGUUUGUAGGUUCGUGGCCGAACAUCACAUUGUCGGUUAUGUCGAGGCUGCGUUAUCUACAUUGAUCAUUGCCGUAGCAGUAUUCACCCUGUACACGUUAACCACACCAACAACGAAGAACUGGAAAGUAAGCGUCAACGGCGAAUAUUUUAUAGUGAACGCGCUGCAGUCUCUGGUCUUGUGCAACUCCUACCGCUUCGCUAGGGCCGUGCUCCACUCGUCAAUAGCGUGGUACAACGUCUACGUCGUCUUCACGAUCAUAUGCGUCUGUCCCCUGCUCGUCGUCUUCGGCAACGUGUUGCUGCGCGUGCCGCCCUUCCUCGACGCUUCUGAUUUUGAGGUCAUCGAGGCCGUGGCCGCCUUCAAGGCUCGGGUCGCCGGCGACGCGCCGCCCAGCGAAAUCAACUUCAUGAAGGCCGAGUCGAGGGCGUCGAUGACCAAGGUCGCCCCGACCGACGAGUAAAUCGCAUC